AUGACAGAAUUUAAUGAAGAAAUAGAAAAUAAGAAAAUAGAUAACGAAAUAGACAAUGAAAUAGAUAACGUUGGUAAAGCUAACACAGAGAGUUUAUCUACACCGCAGUUGGACGAACAACAAGAGCUCUCUAAUUCACCAAUCUCAACUAGAAAGUCUUUAGACAAUUUCGACGAUGCAGAGGAAGACUUCAUUAAAAUGAAUGAUAAAACUGUCGAUUCGAAAGUUGAGGACGUUACACCAGUUGAAUCAGUAGAGGAGUUUGAUAAAAGAAUGUCACAAAUUGGUUUACGUACACCACCAGAUUCUAGUAUUGCAUCAGAUAUAGACGACUUAGAUAAUUCAGCUAGAGAUAGACAGAAGAUAUUAGAAGAAUUAGCGAAUUUGAGAUCUGAAAAUGUUGCUUUAAUGACAGAGAAUGAAAAACUAAGUGAAUCAAGGUCAAUAACUCAACAAGAGCUAGAUGAUGAAAAGAAAGCGAGAGUCGAUGCAGAGGAAAUUAUCGUACAACUCAGGACAAGAGUUGAAGAAUCCAGAAAUGGCGUCAUGAAACUACAGCAACAACAACAAGAGCAAGAUAAAUCACGUAAAAGACAAGAAACUGAACAAAAGCGUUCAUCAUUCAUAUUAAACGAACCAGCAAACUUAUCUAAACGCGCAUCAAUAAAAUCACACAAAAGGCUAUCAUCAAUGUCAGCAGACAAUGCAAAGACGAACUUGAAAGAUUUCCACUUACAACCACAACAAGCACCUUCAAGUAAUAGAAGUUCACAAAUUAUUGAUAUGACCAAUCUACAAAUGGAGAACGCUAACUUAUCAAAUGAGUUACAAAGAAUGAAAAAAGAAAUAGAUACCUUAAGGGAAGCUAAGCUAUCCUCAGAUAAUGCUCUGAGAGCAUUGAGGGAAUUUAUGGAUAGCUCAGGAGAGGAUAAACCAAAAGGAUUGAAGUUACCCCCACUACCAACAGAUGAGGACGUACCUACACCAACAACAGCUCAUAAAUCUUCUGGUUCUUGGUUUUUCGGUAGACAAUCAUCUGGCCAUCAGCCAAGUAGUUCGAACGCUAGUUCCACACAUGACCAAAAUACAGAUGGUGGAUUUGAUAAACCAUCAACUCUUAGAUCAAUUUCAAGUUUCUUUGGUAAAACUUAG